AUGAACACCCUGCAGCUGCUGGCUCUCGUCCUGUCUUUGAGUUGCCAUCAGGUUGUCUCCCAAUGCUCACUGACUAGAUUUGUGUUGUACGUGGAAAAGGAAGAAUGCAGCCACUGUCUGGCCAUCAAUACCACCGGCUGCGCCGGUUUCUGCAUCUCCCGGGAUGUCAACACAAAGUCCCUACUACCGAAGAUUGCACUGGUCCAGAGUGUCUGCACCUAUCAAGAUGUCAAGUACAUUUCCAUUAAACUUCCUGGAUGUCCCCCAAACGUUGACCCCUUCUACAGGUUCCCAGUUAUCCUCAGCUGUGUGUGUAGCCAGUGCACAACCGAUACCACGGACUGCACCUUAGAG